UAGCUUUAUAUUCAAAAAAAUGUUGAUUAUAAAUUCAAAUGAAUCUCAUCUUAAAUCUAUAAUUAAAAUAAGUAAUUAGCUAUCAAUCUUAAGCUACUGAUAUUUUAUUAACCAAAUAAUCAAAUUGAUCAAAAUUUAUAAUAAAAAAUUUUAUUUUAAAUAUUAGAUGCGAUCUAUCUCCAAAAUAUUAAUAAUAAAUAAUAAAUCAAAAAAAUUCAAAAUAUUAAAAAAAGAAAAUAAGAAAAAAAUUGGUAAAAUGAAACUCAAAAACGCAAUAUUAAUCUUGCUAUUCUUUGUGCUUCUUAUCUGCUCCAAUCUCUCUACCUAAGUUGAAGCUAAAUCAUUAAAAUCAUAGACAUAAACCGCUAUAAAAGAUUGUUUAGGGCCUAAAUAACACUGCGGUAAUGAUAAAUAAUGCUGCAGAGGACUUUGUGUAAUGAACAUGUGUCUUGGCUGAAGAAAUUUUUCUAAAAAUUAUAAUAAUUUUAUGGCUCUAUCAAAUAAAUAUAUGAUUAAAAUUUAUAUAUAUAUUUGUUAAAAUUUAAAAAAAAUAAACAAUUUUUUUUUUAGCAUAAUCAAUAUAAAU